AUGAACUCCCGAGUAAUAAAAUUAAUUCUGAGUUAUUUAGCGGCUCUUUUAAUUUCGUCGGUAAGCGGUACACAAUACCUUUUCUCAGCAUACAGUACAUCGUUAGCAGAUCAAUUACGUUUUAGUUCCGUUCAAAUAAAUACAAUUGGCAGUGCUGCAAAUUAUGGUGUUUAUCUGUGUAAACCGCUUUUUGGAUAUAUUGUUGAUAAUUAUGGAGGAAGAAGGACGACAUUGUUCGCUUCUUUUGCCGUUUUCACGGGUUACUUUUUACUUGCAAUGACAUAUAACGGAACUCUAUCUAAUUCGUCAUUCUUGUUAUGUGCCUUGUACGUUUUCAUAUCAGGAAUGGCAUCAUCCGCAGGCUUGGUAUCAAGUCUCGUGACGAUUGCGAAAAAUGUUACAUCAUUUAGAGGGAUAGCAUUUGGGGCUCCGAUGGCAUUAUUCGGAUUAACGGCGGCGAUAUAUUCGGAGAUAGAUACGUUAUGGUUCAAAAAUGAUACUUAUCUUGUUGUGCCUAUACCAAACAACAAAGACGAAGUUGUUGAAGAAGGAAUUUCAUCUAAUACUUCAACGCAUGAUCAAGAUGAGAGAUUACCAUUAUUACAACAUAAAACGGAGGAGGAGAUCGACAUUGGUGGCUGGGAUUUAUUUUAUAACCAUGACGCUAAAAUAUUGGCUGUAUCAAUGUUUUGUGUCGCUGGUACAGGACUAAUGUAUAUAAAUAACGUUGGGACGAUAAUUAAAUCUUUAUAUUAUAAUUCAACUCAUCCUCAUGUUUCACCUUUGGAAGAAAUUCAAAAAAUACAAAAUCUACACGUGUUUUACCUUUCGGUUUUUUCAUGUUUAGGAAGGUUCACUUUUGGAAUCUUAUCUGAUUUAGCUAAAAUAUUAUUUAAUUUGCCUAGAUUAUGGUUUUUCAUGUUGUCUGGUAUUUGGUUGCUCAUUGCUCAAAUAUUAAUCCUAUUUUAUGCCGUUGAUUUGAAUAAAUUAUUUAUCGUUACUUUUUUUGUGGGAUUUGGAUUUGGUAAUAUAUAUGCUAUUACUCCUACAAUCGUUAGCGAAUGGUUUGGUAUUAAAAGAUUUGGAUUGAAUUGGGGAAUCAUUGCCGCUGUUCCGGCAUUUGGUGGACAAUUAUUUAAUUUGUUAUUCGGCUUGAAUUAUGACCAACAUAAAGAUCAUUGUUCAGGAGCGCAUUGUUAUAAUGUCGUUUUUUAUCUUAGUUCAAUCGCUUGUUUGUUUAGCGUUCUUUCUUCUUUGAGUUUAUUAUAUACUAUACAUAAAAAGCAUUAA